AUGGCUCUUGUAGUAAGUCCAUACAUGAAGAUCUAUAGGAAAUUCAAGCCACAUCUUCUCCUGGUUAUGGCUCAGAUCGGUUAUACAUUUCUCUACUUUAUUACUGAUGCAUCCUUCAAUCAUGGGAUGAACCCUCAUGUCUUUGUAACCUAUCGACAUAUAGUUGGUGGCUUAGUCAUGUUUCCAUUUGCCUAUUUUCUUGAAAGCAAAGCAAGGCCAAAGUUGACUCUAGCAUUGUUUAUGGAGAUAUUUGUGCUUGCACUGCUAGGGGUUAGCUUGACCCUUAAUAUGUAUUUUGCAAGCCUGAAGUACACAUCUUCAAGCUUUGUCACAUCAAUAGCCAACACCAUACCAUCCCUGACUUUUCUGAUUGCAGUAAUUCUCAGGUUGGAGGCUGUAGAUGUGAGGAAUCCACGCGGAAUAGCUAAACUUUUGGGAACCUUAAUAUCCCUGGCUGGGGUUAUUACCAUGACUUCUUACAAUGGACCUGCCAUACAAAGCUUGUCAGGAGCAUCCAAACACAUAAGAAGUAACAUUGUUCACAAAAGCUGGACAAAGGGUUCAAUCCUUGUGAUUACAAGUUGUAUAACAUGGUCCAUAUGGUACAUAAUGCAGGGGAUGACACUGAAGAAAUAUCCUGCACAACUUUCACUAACCACAUGGAUCAAUUGUAUCGGCGCAGCGCAGUCAGCUGUGUUCACAGUUAUCAUACAUCCCAAACAGGCAGCAUGGAGAAUUACAUACAACAAUGAUUUCUGGUCCAUCAUAUAUGCUGGAGUUGUGUGCUCAGGUAUAACAACCUUCAUUCAACUGUGGUGUACAAAACAAAAAGGACCUGUUUUCGUGACCAUGUUCAGUCCUCUUGCAACAGUAUUAGUUGCGAUUCUAGCUUACUUCAUUCUCGGCGAAAAACUUCACGUUGGCAGAAUAAUGGGAGCGAUCAUUAUCAUUAUCGGUCUAUACCUAGUCUUAUGGGGCAAAGAUAGAGAUAAAAAUCAUUUAAAGACCCAAGAGCAACCUACUCUGAUUACUGAUAACCAGAAGGAACCCAAGAUGCAUGCACAAGUGGGAUCUUCAGCGGAAAGCCAGGUCCUCCAAAUGGACCUUGAGACAGUUGAGAGUAAAGAUGGAACCAAUGGUUUAAGAUUAUGCAUCAUAUGA